CGUACCUGGACUACCUACCUACCUACCUACUUCUCUCAUUAUAUCUACACUACAUCUACAUCUACAUCUCUACACAAUACAACCAAAAUGUCCCUCCAAACCACCACCUCCCUAACUCUCUCCCUUCUCGUCUCCCUAGGCGGUAUAAUCGGCUACAUUCGCACAAAAUCCCUCCCGUCAAUCAUCGCCGGUCUAUCCAUCGGAACCCUCUACCUGCUGAGCUAUCUUCGUCUUCGGGCCGGUCAACCCUACGGAAUUGAGAUCGCUUUCGUCGCGUCGUUGGUACUAGGUGGGGCGUCGAUCCCCAGGGCGAUUAAGUCGAGGAAGACGGUGCCGAGUGUGUUGAGUUUGUUGGCUGUUGUUGGGAUGGUGGUUUUUGGGAGUCGGGUUGGGAAGUAAUUUAUUGGGUUUGGGGGGAGGUUGAGGGUGAGGGAGGAGGUAUAAGACGGAGUGGGGGGGUAUGGAUACUGGCUACUGGUAGUGGUGAAGUGCUGCUAUGGUGGUGAAAUACAACUGUAAUAGUGCUGGCAUUGCUGGCAUGGUAUGGUAACAAGUGGUCAUUGUGAUGCUGCUAAAUAGCAGGAUAAGUUCUAGGCUACUGGCAGUCGAUAAAUCAUGGCGAUAUGCCUACCUUGACUUGGACUUACAGUUUUUCUCGUCUCCUUAGUCAAGGUCGUGCCCGACUUCACUUUACAAACCUCACCUCGCAUCGGACCCUACAUCCAG